UUGGGUAGGGACGUCCCAAGGAUCCCGGAUAGCAAGGAUAGUGGACGGCAUCCCAGAGUCUUGGCAAACAUGCACCUUUAAAAAACAGUGUUGCCGGGUAAAAUAGUACUCUUUUAUACAGACGGUUUUCAGACCCAUAUGAAGCCUAUUCCUGGGAUAAACAUAGAGAUUCUCUUAAAGUAGCAUUGCUCAGCAGGGACCACAGUAUGCAGACACAGAGAGAAAACACUACUUUAACAUUACAGCGCCACCAUCUGGACUGGAAGCAGAACUGCUCUCACUCGUUCUGUAUAUGCUGUGUUCAAAUCAAAUGUAUUUAUAUAGCCCUUCGUACAUCAGCUGAUAUCUCAAAGUGCUGUACAGAAACCCAGCCUAAAACCCCAAACAGCAAGCAAUGCAGGUGUAGAAGCACGGUGGCUAGGAAAAACUCCCUAGAAAGGACAAAACCUAGGAAGAAACCUAGAGAGGAUCCAGGCUAUGAGGGGUGGCCAGUCCUCUUCUGGCUGUGCCGGGUGGAGAUUAUAAACCUAGAGAGCAAUGCAGGUGUAGAAGCACGGUGGCUAGGAAAAACAGCGCCACCAUCUGGACUGGAAGCAGAACUUCAAUGCAGGUGUAGAAGCACCCCUAAAUAUUCCGUCGUGUUCUGAAGUACUGUCAGCUGGCUGGUGGGGGCAGUGAGGCUGGCUGGUAAAAUGAAAUCUGUUUUCUAGACACACGCACACAAAAGGCACCUGUCUGGAAUGUUCUGGUCUCUGAUUGGUUAACCAUAGAGGGAGAGAGAGAGCAACCUGACAAACUGUUCUUAGGUUUCUGAAUCUGAGCCACAAGGUUAGGUUGGGUUUCUGACUGAGAUAAUACCUGUGGAAAAGCAGACAGAGUUCUGGUUCAGUGAGGGUAAAUAUUACGGAAGUCUCCACUCUGAAACCAACAAGGACAGGACACUAGAACAGCAGAACCAGCCAACCAGUGCAGCAAAAGCCUAUUCUACAGACAGGUCAGAACAGUACAGGACAUCCUAGAACAGACACUAGCAUUCUAGAACAGAACAGGGUAUUUUAGAACAGGACAUCCUAGAACAGACACUAGCAUUCUAGAACAGAACAGGGUAUUUUAGAACAGGACAGGACAUCCUAGAACAGACACUAGCAUUCUAGAACAGAACAGGGUAUUUUAGAACAGGACAGGACACACUAGAAGAGGUACAGGACAUUCUAGAACUGGACAGAACACUCUCGAGGAUGAGGAACCUCCUGACCACCGAGAACCAGAACUGUUACCGGGAGCAGAUUGAGAAGGAGUGCUAUACCCGGCUGGCCUGGAAGAGCCGCUACGGACGAGACUACCCCACCAGUUUCGUCUCCCGCAGGGCCAAUGAGCAGAUAAGGCUGAGGCUCCCUGAGCUCCCCCUGACCACUAAGACCAUCCUGCCUCCUGUGUUAUCUACCCUGGAGAGGAGGAGAGAGCCUGCAGUGCCUAUGGACAGGUCCCUGAGCGAGGCUCCCCUGAUGAGAGAAGUGACACCCCAGACCAAGGAAUCUCUCUACCAGGGUUUUUCCAAGGAGGGGAAGGGGCGUAGCCUGUACCUCCAUACACGCACCCAGAAAGGCCCAGAGGAGAAGUUUGACUACCCUUUACUGUCUUCCUGGGACUACGGAUGGAGACUGGGUGACUAUGGAAGAGACUACAGGUCGCCAGCCAAUGGGAGAUCAGGAGUCGUGAGGAACAAUUUUUACGCCAGGAAUGGAAUAUUCCAUUUUCCCUCCGAAACGGAUCGUCUUGGAUGACGAGCGAAAGGCUUCAGUUUUCAGCUGGUUUUAUACUUUAUUCUUAAAUUCUCUCGAUAUUGAUGAAGAUGAACUUUAAUUUGUUUUUCGCUGUAUAAGCAUGCUAUCUUUGAUUUAUAAAAAAUAUAUUCUCUUCUAUAGGAUAUACAGAUGUGUGUUAGCUAUAAAUUAUGUUCAUAUGCAAUUCUUAUGAAAACACUGUUACUUUACAUAUACAAACUGUUAUAACUGUUGGAGAAAAUGUGUUAUAAUAUAUGUUUGGAUAAACAUUUUUCUAGAUAUUUGCUGUCAGGUUUGUGUGGUUUAAACAUUCCUGUGUGGAAAUAAUAGAUGUGAAAAAAUUGCCAAGCAUGAGGAGAAAGCAGGCUGCCAAGCUCGACAUGAGUUGGUCACAGGUUCAACUGGUCUCCUAGCAACAAGGAAACCCACAUCGGAAACGUUGUGGUUUAUAAUUAACAAGCUAGCAUGGUCUGGUCACCUUUUCAUCAGUUGCCUGGUAUAAAUACCCUGACCUUUAACUGGCACGGUACAGAUUCAUACUGACAUUUUCAUCCUUUAUCAGGAGCAAUUAGGGUUCAGUACCUUGCUCAAUGGCACAUCAACAAUUUUUUUUUACAUAGUUGGCUCGGGAAUCGAACCAGCAACCUUUUGAUUACUGGCCCAAUGCUCUUAACUGCUGGGCUACCUGCUAGACUACCGAGGACUAAUGCAUGAACAGAGUGGGAGGAAAAACUCUGGGCCCCUAGUAAUAGACUAUGUAUCAACAUCCUGACAUUCUGUCAUUGAUGAGAAAUGUUUUAUAUUUGAUCCAUUUUAGAAUAAUGACGUAACAAGAUGUGGAGAAAGUGAAAGAGUCUGAAUACUUUCCAAAUGCACUGAAUGUUUCUAUGGCGACGUCCUCUGCCCCAUCACAGUGGUGUCGAUGGUGUCGCCCGUCAGCUGCUGUCAGACCGCAGGCGGAUGCUGCCCCACUGCCUCUUGGGUAUGUAGCCACAGGCCAUGUUGAAGUCUCCUAUGAUGAUCACAUUUCGAGGAAAGCAGAUGUGAGACUGAAGCUAGGUUUCCAUACAAUUGGUGACUAGAUUUUUUAUUUAACUGUUGCACAGUUAAAUCAUAGCUAUUUUCUCAUAUUUGGGUGUAAUGCAUUGUUGCUCUGUCCCAGGAACAUAAAUGGUUGGUUUUCAGACCAAUGGUCAACUCCCAUGAUGCAUCUUGCCCCACGUUUGAAACUCUGAUGAUGCAUUGGUACACUUAUUUAUUCCAGGAAUGAAGGCCUUGUGAAUAUCUCAAGCCAUUUUAUUGGUGCGGUCCACUGGAUUUUGAGAAAUUCCCCCUGUCGUUCAUGAAAUCUGUCCAUCUGUGAAUCUCGCAUGAAAUAAAGACGCUCUAGAACGUG